AUGUCUGAAGAAAUUCAAAAUAUUCAACUGUUGAAGAUAGAAGAAAAGGCAGAAGCGGCACCAGCCGUUGAAAGCGCCGCCGAAGCCGCUCCAGCUGAGAUUAUCUUGGGUGAAGAUGGGUUACCUUUAUCUAAGAAAGCAUUGAAGAAGUUAGAGAAGGAAAAGGAAAAGGCCAAGAAGAAGGCCGAAAGAGAAGCACAAUUGGCCAAGGAAAAGGCAGAAAAGGAAGCCAAGUUGGCCAACGAUCCUGCCAAGGCCAACUACGGGAAGCUCCCAUUGAAUAAUUCUUCUUCCCACAACGAAGGUGAGAAGAGAGUGCUCUUCAAGGACUUAUCCGCUAAGAACGAUGGUGAAGAAGUCAUCUUCAGAGCCAGAGCUCACAAUUCCAGACAACAAGGUGCCACUAUGUGUUUCUGGAACUUGAGACAACAGUCAGACACCAUCCAGGCAUUGAUCAAGGCUAACUCUGAGGGAUCUAUCUCGAAGCAAAUGGUCAAGUGGGUUGGAGGAGUUAACUUGGAAUCCAUUGUCCUUGUCCACGGUGUAGUUAGAAAGGUUGACGAAGAGAUCAAGUCAGCUACAGUUGGUGACAUCGAAAUUCAUGUUACCAAGUUCUACACCAUUGUUGAGACACCAGAACAAUUGCCAAUGCUUAUUGAAGACGCUUCAAGAACUGACACCAACGUUAACUUGGACACCAGAUUAGAUGCUAGAGUCAUUGAUUUGAGAACCCCAACAAACCAGGCCAUUUUCAGAAUCCAAUCCGGUGUUUGUGAAUUAUUCAGAGAAUUUCUUAUGAACAGGGGUUUCAUUGAAAUCCACACCCCUAAGAUUAUCGCAGCUGCCUCAGAAGGUGGUGGUAACGUUUUCGAAGUGUCAUAUUUUAAGAAGGCCGCCUACUUGGCGCAAUCUCCUCAAUUUUACAAGCAGCAAGUGAUUGCCGCCGAUUUCGAAAAGGUUUUCGAGAUUGCUCCAGUCUUCAGAGCUGAAAACUCCAACACUCACCGUCAUAUGACCGAAUUCAUAGGUUUAGAUUUGGAAAUGGCCUUUGAAAACCAUUACCACGAAGUCUUGGACGUCUUGGGUGAUUUAUUCGUUUUCAUCUUCACCGAAUUGAAGAAGAGAUACGGUAAGGAAAUCGCCACUGUCAGAAAGCAGUACCCAGUGGAAGAAUUCAAGCUUCCAGCAGAUGGAAAGAUGGUUAGAUUGCACUUCAAGGAAGGUAUUGCCAUGUUGAGAGAAGCAGGUAAGGAUGUUGACGAAUACGAAGAUUUACUGACAGAGAACGAAAAGUUCUUGGGUAAGUUAGUCCGUGAGAAGUACGACACCGAUUUCUAUAUCUUGGACAAGUUCCCAUUGGCUAUUAGACCAUUCUACACCAUGCCAGAUGCGGAAGAUGCCAACUACUCUAACUCUUAUGAUUUCUUCAUGAGAGGUGAGGAAAUCUUGUCAGGAGCUCAACGUAUCCACGACCCAGAUUUGUUGACAGAAAGAAUCAAGGCACACGAAGUUGACCCAGAUGUACCAGGAUUGAACGAUUACAUUGAUGCAUUCUCUUACGGAUGUCCUCCACACGCCGGUGGUGGUAUUGGAUUAGAAAGAGUUGUUAUGUUCUUUUUGGAUUUAAAGAACAUUAGAAGAGCUUCAUUGUUCCCAAGAGACCCCAGAAGAUUAAGACCAUAG